ACGGGAUAGUCGGUCUGGAAGACACCUAAGGGAGAAGCCAAAGGUACACUUUAUAAAUGAGAAAGAGAAGACCUGGAGAAAAAUAAUCACUCUGAGAGACAAGAUAUAGUUGGCACCAGAACCCAAGUCUCCUGACUCCCAGUUUGCAGCGGUGGUGCGGCAGCCGCGGCAGUGGUUGCUGGGCAACGGCGGAGCGAAGCCGGUGGCCUGUGGUGGGGACCCGGAACGGCUUCCGGUAGGGGAAUAGAGGCUGUUCCGGGAAAGCCUGGGCCGCGAUGUAGGGGGGUUCCGGACUCCUGGCGCCGCAGCCCGCCACUCCCUGUACCCAUGGCCGGGGCGGUGGGUGGGGCGGGAGGCUCGGGCUGGACCUGGCGGCCGGUGGCGCGGGACCCGCUGCUGGCCCGGGCCUUCCAUUCAUGCACCGAACUGCGGGGACGGUUCUAUCUGGUAGGGGGUCUUCUAGCCGGAGGAGCGAGAGAGCCGAGCAAUGAUACGGUGGUCUUUGACCCGGCUGGAGGCCAGGCCGUGCGGGUAGGAACCCAGGACGGCCCCAGGCGCAGCCAUCACGACGCAGCGCCAGUGGGCGGGCGUUGGCUCUGCGUGGUGGGCGGCUGGGACGGGUCGCGUCGCCUGGCCACAGUGGCCGCCCUGGACACGGAGCGCGGUGUGUGGGAGGCGUGGAGAGCCGCCCAAGGCAACUGCCCCCCUGCUGGCCUCAGUAGUCAUACCUGUACCCGCCUCUCCGAUCGAGAGCUGCGGGUGGCAGGCAGGGAGGGCGGGACCCGCACUCAGCGUCGUUAUGGAAGCAUCUACACGUUAAGGCUGGACCCUGGCGCCCGCACUUAUUGCUAUAAGGAAGAAGGCUGCCAUACAGUCUCACGCUCAGGUCACUGUGCUGCCCUGCUUCAAAGUCCUGGGCUCCACCAAGGUCACCAGCUAUUGCUCUUUGGGGGAUGCAACUCAGCUGAACCAGAAGUAGCUGGGCGUUGGAGUCAUGGGAGGAUUAAGGAGGAACCACUUGUUGCCCCCCGUUUGACGGAACAGCUUGCAAGGCUGGUGAGCAGUGGCCAGGGGUCUCGGCAGGGGCCUCAAGGACUACGGCAUCACUCAUGUUCUGUGGUUGGGCCUUUUGCUGUGCUGUUUGGUGGAGAAACUCUGACCAGAGCCAGAGACACCAUCUGCAAUGACCUCUACAUCUAUGAUACCCGCAAGUCUCCUUCUCUGUGGUUCCACUUUCCCUGUGCAGACCAUGGGCUAAAACGCACGGGCCAUCGGACCUGCCUUUGGAAUGAUCAGCUUUACCUGGUUGGGGGUUUCGGUGAGGAUGGCAGGACAGCUAGUUCACAGGUUUGCAUCCUGGACUUCUUUAUCUAAAGAACAGUGCCAAGAUAUAUUGCCAAGCCUCUGUUUUGUUGCAAACUCAUAAAGCAUUGUCACCAGAUCUGCCUCAUUUUGAAAGCUCAUUAAAUUUCAUCCCGAGAGUCAA